AGCGGGACGCGGGGACGGCGCGGCGCGGGCGGCUCUCGGAGGCUCGCGCCCGCGCUCCCCGCGAUCACACGCGCUCACACGCAGCCUUGCUGGCGGCCGCCGCUCCCGGGCCAGCCCUGGUCCCCGGCACCAAGGGGGCCUCCCGCGCGCGGCGCACCGGGUGCACCCCGCGCCUCCCUUGCGCUCGGCCGCGCCCCGCGUCCCCGCGGGUCCUGCGGGAAGAUGGUCCACGAGCGGUGGAAGACCGUGGGCGGCGCGUCCCAACUUGAGGACCGACCGCGCGACAAACCGCAGCGACCAAGCUGCAGCUACGUGCUGUGCACGGUGCUCCUGUCCCUUGCAGUACUUCUGGCCGUGGCUGUCACGGGCGCAGUUCUCUUCCUGAACCAUGCCCAUGCACCGGGCACGGCGCCCCCACCCAUCGUCAGCACAGGGUCUGCAGGGGCCAACAGUGCCCUGGUCACCGUGGAGAGGGCCGACAGCUCCCACCUCAGCCUCCUCAUCGACCCUCGCUGCCCUGACCUCACUGACAGCUUCGCCCGCCUGGAGGGUCUGCAGACCUCCAUGCUGCGGGCACUGAGUGAGCAGCAGGCACAGCCGAGGCUGGAUGGUGCCCCCGAGCUGCUGGACGCACUGGCUGACCAGCUGCCCCGGCUGCUGGCCCGGGCCUCCGAGCUGCACGCUGAAUGCGCUGGCCUACGUAAGGGACACAGCAUGCUGAGCCAGGGCCUCAGCACCCUGCAGAGCGAACAGGGCCGCCUCAUCCAGCUUAUUUCUGAGAGCCAAGGCCACGUGGCUCACCUGGUGAACUCCGUCAGUGAUGUCCUGGAGGCUCUGCAGAGGGAACGGGGCCUGGGCCGGCCCCGCGUCAAGGCUGACCUUCAAAGGGCCCCUUCCAGAGGAGCCCGGCCCAGAGGCUGCGCUAAUGGCUCUCGGCCCCGGGACUGCCUGGAUGUUCUCUUGAGUGGACAGCAGGAUGAUGGUGUCUACUCGGUCUUCCCCACUCACUACCCAGCCGGCUUCCAGGUCUACUGUGACAUGCGUACUGACGGCGGAGGCUGGACGGUGUUUCAGCGCCGGGAGGACGGCUCCGUGAACUUCUUCCGAGGCUGGGAGGCAUACCGGGAAGGCUUUGGCAAGCUCACCGGGGAGCACUGGCUGGGGCUCAAGCGGCUCCACGCCCUGACCACGCAAGCAGCCUAUGAGCUUCACGUGGACCUGGAAGACUUCGACAAUGGCACUGCCUACGCCCACUAUGGGAGCUUUGGCGUGGGCUUGUUCUCGGUGGACCCCGAGGAGGAUGGGUACCCACUCACGGUGGCCGACUACUCGGGCACUGCAGGUGACUCCCUCCUAAAGCACAGUGGGAUGAGGUUCACCACCAAGGACCGCGACGGCGACCACUCGGAGAACAACUGCGCCGCCUUCUACCGAGGGGCCUGGUGGUACCGCAACUGCCACACGUCCAACCUCAACGGCCAGUACCUGCGUGGUCCUCAUGCCUCCUACGCUGACGGCGUCGAGUGGUCCUCCUGGACUGGUUGGCAGUAUUCACUCAAGUUCUCGGAGAUGAAGAUCCGGCCGGUCCGGGAGGACCGCUAGACUGGCACCCUGCCCAUCCCUAGUGUCCUCUGGCUAUGUCCAGUCCCCACACAUCUCACCCCAUGCCCGCCCCAUGCAAGAACAUUCUCUGCCCACCUGUGCAUGGCUGACCUGCUCUUCUUUAGGGGUGGCUUAGGGCCAGCCCUCAAAUUCAGCUCCCGGAGCCAGUGACAACCCCUUUGCAACUAGGUCCCUAUUUAUCAGCUGACGUGAUCUCGUUUCUACCAGCGGGACCGGCACCUGGCAACCCCAAAUCCCACUUGCCCCAACUUUGGUCCCUAGGCUGUGUCUGCUGCCUCCUGGCAGGGCAGCAACCCCCCACUUUUCCUGGCUUUGUGAGACCAUCGAGAGUAGGGGUCAAACCACUCCGGACCUCUCCUGCAGAUCAAGGCUCAGGCCUUCUGACACCUGCCCGCCCGCCCUAGCCCACUGCCUCACCCCACCUCUCAGACACCCCGAAUAGCUGGGGCUGAGCAUUGCCUGGUCAUGUCACCUUGUGGGCAACUGGCCUGAGACACAGCUGUCUGCAGAGCUCCAAACCCCAAGGCUGAGGCCAGCCCCCUAGGCUGCCCUUCCCUGGGCCUCCGCAGACCUGAGAGGUUUCUGUCCUGGCUGCUUUCAAAUUUCAUCUGCUUUUUCCCACUCAAGCGAGGUCUACCUGGCCUCCUGCAUGGCGGCCAUGGCGGCUGCCCCACUUCACGUGCCUCUGGGGCGGGGUGGGACUGGCCUAAGCUAAUGAGACCCUCUUGGGGCGGGGCUACACGAGGCUGUAGUGCUCCGCUAACCCCCGUGGACUGCCUCUAGAAUCCUCCUGGAAGCCAGAGAGUAGAAGCAAGCAAGCCCUGGGACUCAGCAUGGCCCAAAGCUGCCAUCUCUGCAGAGAGGCUGCCCCCUACUGGUGAUGAUGGGUACUGCCAUCAGGACCUAACGGGGCAGGGGACUGAGGCAGGUUGGGCAUCGGGACCUGCCCUCCACCAUUGCCCCCUACAGGUGAUCUCCCAGGAAGUCAGGCCGCAGCCCCGCCCUCAGCUGUGGGAAGCCUAUGGGAGCUUUGAAAAGGCUGGAAGGUAGGAUGGCCCUGGUGACCUCUGGUAGGAGGGCAGGCAGGCAGGCAGGCAGGGGCCCGUCCUUUCCUUCCCUCAGACCUGUAGCAAUGCCUGAAGCCCACUGAUGGACAGUGCUACCCGCUCAGUCCCCCACGCUGGGCCUCAGGUCCUCAGUACUGGACAAGACCAGUUGUUACUUAGUCGGUCCCCAGCUGGUGGCAAGGAACGUGGUUCCAGUCCAGAGUAGCCAGGGUUCUGAUGGGACAAGGGACACACAGGGAAGUCCCCUCUCACUCCCUAUCUGUCCCCCACUCCUGGCAGACACUGCCACCCCUGAGGCCGCCGCUGAAGUCGCUUCUGCCGCCAGCCGCCUCCGUCAGCGCGGCUCAGAAGUGCCGAAGCUUUCUGAUGUGUCAUCAAACAAACUCCUGUGAGUGUGAUGUUAACGGAUUCACAGAUGCCAGUGUGCGGCAGGCGGCCUGGGCUCCGGGCCAGGGCUGGGCUGCAGAACACAGGGCAGCUGGUGGACAGGUGAGGGGUGACAUGCCUUCCCGUCUGGUCACACCAGAGCCCUUCAGACCAGCCACUGCUCCCGGGACACCAAGCCCUCCCCAGGCCAGGCUGGUGCUCCAGAGUGUGGCUUCGCCAAACUGGCUGAGUGGGCUCCAAGUCCCUCAGCGUGGCGAGAGGCCAGCCCGACAGCCCUGCCUUCACCCUGAGUGUGCACUCCCAAAGGCAGAUGGGAGCCUGUCCCUCCACACUGGGUCACAGCCUCCAGCCCUGGCUUGAGGAGUUCGCUGGUCUGAUGUCUGUGCAAGAUGGCUGUCGUCUGUGAUCAGAGUGCCCACAGGAAGCAGGAAUGCUGGGAAAACUUUGGGGGGUCAGGUUAGGUCCAGAACUACUUUGGUUUGACAAUGGAAUUGUUAAAUUGACCCGAGUGAGUCCCAUGAUGUCACUUGGCCAAGCCACACUGCUCUCCUUCUGGGGCAGGGUCUCCAUGCCCCACACUAGGGUCUUGGCAAACCAUCAAAACUUCUCUCCAAGCGCAAGCUGGCUCCGUGGAUUCCACCGAAGGCCUCAAAACUGGCUACACCUGUGUCAUGCCAACGCCAGCUAGCCAGCGUGCAGUGAGUGGACAGCCUUGGUUCCCUUGCGAGCCUGAGCCUGUGAGAGAUCAGGUUAGAGCCGUGUGCCUCUCCUGUGACGUCAGCGGCUCAUGUGAGUGGGGCACUCGUGUUUGUGGGCAGAGGUGGCGUCACCGGUGGCCAUCUCUUCCCUGCCUCCUCAUCCUUGUCACCUCAAGCCUGUGGGUGGAAUACGGGAGUCUGUGGCCAUGGUCACUGUAGGUCCUGGCCCCCGAGGAGCACUCCUGGGAGAGAGCAGGGCCUUGGAUGACCAGAAAGUGUGAACAACAGUGUGACCUUCCAGCUCCAGCCCAGAUGUCUUGGCCCUGGGGCAGGAGAUGUGGACAAGGGGCAAGGUCAAUGACCAUGGCUGCCCUGAUCCCCGUCCUGUGAUCUGAGGAGCAACAUCCUGGCAGAGACUCAUGGAGCUCAGAACUGUGGUGAAGCGACAUUGAGCCAGUGGUCUGGGGGCCUUGGAGAGCCUCAGUUCUUCAUCCGCCUCUGGGGAAGGCUGCCGGCCGGCUGCUGUGAUGGCCCAACCAUUGGCGGGAUCCAUAAACCCAGAGGCCUGGAGUCAGGCUGCUGUGGAACUGGGGUGGGGGAGGGGUCCAUGCUGAGGCCAGCUGUGAUUAGUAGGGCAGGUGUGCAUGCCGGUGGGUCCGACCGGGCCCUGGGGCUGGGGAGGAGCUCCGAGGGUCAGCGAAACAGCCCCAUGGGCAAAAGGUGUGGGGCAGUUGCGACUUCGGGCGGUGUGCAGUUGGUGUCCUGUAUGUCCCUGUCUCCAAUAAAGUCUUGUGGUGACCCUGCUCCAGCACUCA